GAUUCGCAUUGCCGACCGUCCGACAGCAAGAAGAGGACCGUCCAUCACAUAAUAUAAUAUCAUCGCUGCACGGCGAUAACGUCAAGAUUUAUUAUAAUAUAUACAUUUAAGUUUUUUCGUUUUUAUUUUCUCAUUGGAUACGAUUUUCACCGUUCGCUGACGACAUGUUGUUGAAGAUAACGCCGUUUUUGGCGGCGGUAAUUGUGUGCUGUGCUGCAGUCACGGUAAAUGGAGGAGACAAACCAGCAGAAACACCAAUCGAUAAACGGAGCACAGCCAACGGUUAUGGUUCUUAUGUCGGUAGUUAUGCUCCAACUACGGAUUACGGCGCAGCGGCCGUUCAAGACGGCGCUGUAGCUUACCAAUACGCCGCAGCGGCUCCAAUCGCCACCGGCCAGUACGCUGCAGUUCCGGCGGCUGCUCCCAUCGGUGCCUUAGUGGUGCCCGCCAAUCAGCUGUUCUAUCCGCAACCACAAUCGUACGGAUACUCGUCAGCCGCUGCUUAUACCGCCCCUCUGACUUCGGUGGCUUAUAACACUUAUCCAGCCACCACUUAUGGCUUCCAGUCACCCACUUACAGCGCCGGCGGUCAGUCUGCCGCUUACACCACCGGUCAAUCUGCCGCUUACACCGUCGGUCAGUCGCCCGCUUACAGCGCUGGUCAGUCAGCCACUUACAAUGCCGGUCAGUCGCCCGCUUACAGCGCUGGUCAGUCAGCCACUUACAAUGCCGGUCAGUCGCCCGCUUACAGCGCCGGUCAAUCAGAUACUUACAGUGCUGGUGAGUCGGCCGCUUAUGGUGCCGGGCAAUCGGUCUCUUCUUACGGUUCCGGUCAAUCCGCUACCACUCCUGCUUACAGCUCACCACCUGCUGCUUCUUACAGUGCUUCGUCCUCGGCACCUUACAAAUCGAGUCCCGUGACUUUCGGCAAAUCGGAAGCUGAUUCGCAAACCUACUCAGCACCAUCGUACCAAUCAUCCCUAGGACUAGGCAAUUAUGUUUCUUCAUCGUUUAAGACUAAUAAGUAUCCAUCGCACUCGCCGUCCUCUUACCCGUCUACGUCUAGCCAAUAUUACGCAGCACAGCAGUCAUCUUCGUACGGAUCACCGUCUAAACCCAGCAGUUAUCCAUCCUCUUCGUAUCCGUCUGACAACUCGUACAACAAAUUCAAAUAUUUGCCGCAGAGUGCGUUGUAUGGUGGAUCAUCGUACAAACCAUCCCCGUCUGCCCACUAUAAACCAUCGUCGCCAUACGAUGCAUUUUCCCAGUCUUACGGACAUUCGUCAUAUCCGUCUUCGCCACAAAAGUACAGUGGCUCUUCUUCGUACGGUAGUAGCUCAUCUCCGUACAGUGGUAGCUCAUCCUCAUACGGUAGUAGCUCAUCUCCGUACAGUGGUAGCUCAUCCCCGUACACUGGUAGUUCAUCCUCAUACGGUAGUAGCUCAUCUCCGUACAGCGGUAGCUCAUCCCCGUACACUGGUGGUUCAUCUUCAUACGGUAGUAGCUCAUCCCCGUACAGUGGUUCAUCUUCAUACGGUAGUAGCUCAUCCCCGUACAGUGGUUCAUCUUCAUACGGUAGUAGCUCAUCCCCGUACAGUGGUUCAUCUUCAUACGGUAGUAGCUCAUCUCCGUACAGUGGUAGCUCUCCCUCACACGGCGGUAGUUCUUCCUCGUACAGUGGUUCAUCUCUGUACUCUGGUAACUCUCCUUCUUAUAGUGGUAGUUCUCCUUCUUAUGGUAGCUCUCCUUCUUAUGGUAGCUCUCCUUCUUAUAGUAGUGGCUCUUCUUCGUAUGAUUCGCCGUCUCUGUACAAACCGUCGUAUGAAUCAUUAUCGCCUUACAAAUUGUCAUCCACGUACAAGUCACCAUACGGCAGCUCCAGUGCUGUAUAUCAAACAGAAUCAUUAUCCUUUUAUAAGAAGCCCUCUUACUAUAACAAAUAUUCUAGUGGAUCGCCUUACGAAGGUUCUUCUUAUAAGUCGUCACCGACUUAUUCAUCUGGUUCAUUCAAACCAAUUAUUUCUUCCUAUCCUCAUAGUGAAUAUGAAUCACCGUCAUCUUCUCUUUACAGUUCUAAGCCAAGUUCAUACGAAUACAGUUCUAAAUAUUGACACUAAUAUAAUGUUCCUUUUUUAGAUAAAUUAAUUUUUUUGAUAAAAAACGUUUAGAUUGUAUAUUUAAAUUUGAAACUUUUUUUUUUUUAUUAAUUAUACAAUUAAGUUAUUCUUGAACUGUUAAACAAUUUGAAAUAUGCUA